ACCUAGCUGGCCCCCUGAGAUCACAUGUGAACCCUGGUCUUCCUGACUCCAGGCCCGGUGAUCUAUAUGGAUGGAACCAUCUAGAUGCUGAUCUUUCCAAUCUUCUUAGAUCUUACUCCUCACCCCUCACUUUUUGGAUUCAGUGUCACCCUGCUGUAACAUGAACUCUCUUCCUUCUCUCCCGGCUCUCCUCUCUUACCUUCCCUGGCUCUCUUAUCUUUUCUCCUCUCCCCUUCCUUUCCUCGGUUCUACUUUCUUUUUAUCUUCUCUCCGCUCCUCCCUCUCGCCUCUUCCCUUUCCUUUAGGCACCGCCCCUUUCUCCCAGGUCCCGCCCGCUGGCAGUGGGGGCGGGCUCUCUGGGUUCUUUCCUUUAGUGUGAAGCACAGACGCCGUAGGCUCCGGCUUGUCUGCGUGUUGCUGCUUUUCCUGCCAACAGCUUGAAUUUUCGUGGAUCAUGGCCAACACCGAGCGCACCUUCAUUGCCAUCAAGCCGGACGGCGUCCAGCGGGGCCUGGUAGGGGACAUCAUCAAGCGUUUUGAGCAGAAGGGAUUCCGCCUCGUGGCCAUGAAGUUCCUUAGGGCCUCAGAGGAACACCUGAAACAGCAUUAUGUUGACCUGAAGGAUAGGCCAUUUUUCCCUGGACUUGUGAAAUACAUGAACUCUGGACCUGUUGUGGCCAUGGUCUGGGAGGGCUUGAAUGUAGUGAAGACAGGCAGAGUGAUGCUCGGGGAGACCAACCCAGCUGAUUCCAAGCCAGGCACCAUUCGUGGGGACUUCUGCAUUCAAGUUGGAAGGAACAUCAUUCACGGCAGUGAUUCUGUGAAAAGUGCCGAGAAGGAAAUCAGCCUGUGGUUUAAGCCUGAAGAGCUGGUCGACUAUAAGGCUUGUGCUCAUGACUGGAUCUACGAAUAAGAAUGUUACAAGUGGGAAGUGGAUAUAGGCUGGACUAACUCCUUUUAGUAACUGUCAUGUGUAUGUGUGUGUCUUUAUCAUGGAGUGUGAGGGACAGAGUGUGUGUGUAUCCAUCCCUGAAUACAGCAUUUAAUGGCAGGGAUUUGAAAGGAAUUAGAACCAUCAUUUUCUAAAUUCAGUAAUACUGUUCAAUAAAGUCUUGGAAAUAA